AUGUCGCAAGCCUCCAGAGCCUUGAAGGCUUAUAGAAACGCCUUGAGAGCGACAUCGGUUGCAUUCAAGAAUGAUGUGGCCACACUCGACGCUGCCCGCAACGAAAUUCGUACUCAUAUGAAAAGUCAGGAAGACCCAAAGGGCACCAACCGUUCCAUCGAUGAAAGACUAAAGUUAUUGGACGAAGUCACAGUUUUUCUCCGACACAACAUUGUACAAGGUCGCAAGGUGGACGAGGGCAAGUAUCGGCUGAAUAUUCACAAGGAUACGGAAUUGGGUGACAAUGAUGACAUUAAAAAGAAAAAGGAUGGUCUUUCAAAUGGAGGAUUCACUGGAUGUUGUGGAGGCAGCGGAGCUAAAACAACAUGA